GAACGGCAUGCUCGGGGGGUACGAAAGGAAAAUAAUAAUAUUAUUUUCUUCGUGUGUGUGGUCGAGUGCCGUGCUGCAGGAUACAAUUACUAAGUCGGUGUGACGACAUCAUCAGCAGAUCGACAUGCAGAACGACGCCGGAGAGUUCGUGGACCUGUACGUCCCGCGCAAGUGCUCCGCGAGCAACAGGAUCAUCUGGGCGAAGGACCACGCUUCCAUCCAGAUCAACAUUGCAGAGGUUGACAAGACAACUGGCAGGUUCAAUGGUCAGUUCAAGACGUACGCCAUCUGCGGGGCCAUCCGAAGAAUGGGUGAGGCAGAUGACUCCCUGCUGCGGCUGGCCAAGAACGACAACAUUGUGUCCAAGAACCUGUAAAUCUGAAGAUGACUGGAGUUAGG